GGCUGACGGAUCCUCAGCCCGCCUCCAGCCGCUCACAGACUCCAGACCUCCAGCAGGAUGAGGGACCAGAACCCGGAGCGACUCCUCCACCCUGGUUCUGUCCGAGCUGCUCUCACAUGACCGAAGCCUCCGGAACCCGUUAGCCUCAGUCCGUGCGCGUCUCCGACCUAAAAUGCUGCCGUGGAAGAAGAACAAGUUCGAGCUGAUCGAGGAGGACCAGCGGGCCAAGCAGAAGGGCUACGCCGUGAGCCUCCACUACUCCGCGCUCACCUCCUUCGCCAAGUCGUGCCCGGAGAGCGCCCUGAACCGGGUGGGCAGCAUGUUCAAGUCCAAGCGGAAAAAGGUGAAGAUCACCAGCGAGGACCCCACCUACACGGUGCUGUACCUGGGCAACGCCACCACCAUCCAGUCCAAGGGGGACGGCUGCACGGACGUGGCGGUGAGCAAGAUCUGGGGCAAGAGCGAGAUGGGCAAGAACGGAACCAAGAUGCGGCUGACGGUCAGCUCCCAGGGCAUCCGCAUGGUGCACCUGGACGACAAGGCCCGGCGGCCCGGACACCUGUACCUGCUGCACCGGGUCACCUACUGCGUGGCCGACCCGCGGCUGCCCCGGAUCUUCGCGUGGAUUUACCGGCACGAGAUGAAGCACAAAGCCGUGAUGCUGCGCUGCCACGCGGUGCUCGUGUCCAAGCCGGAGAAGGCGAAGGCCAUGGCGCUGCUGCUCUACCAGACCUCCGCCACGGCGCUGGCCGAGUUCAAGCGGCUGAAGCGGCGGGACGACGCCCGGCACCAGCAGCAGCAGCUGGUCGGGGACCGGAGCGUCCCGCUGGUUCCGCUCCGGAAGCUGCUGAACGGACAGUGCUGCUACAAGCCGCCGGUGGAACGGAGCCGCAGCGCCCCGAAGCUGGGCUCCAUCACCGAGGACUCCGUGGGGGAGGAGGAGGAGGAGAAGGCCAUGCACUUCGAGUGUGAGGACGUCCUGGACACGGAGCAGGACGGUACCGGCACCGGGAAACCGGAGCUGACCCAGAUCAUCAGCGACCUGGGCGAGCUGAGCAUCGGCAACGACCUGCAGACCCUGAAGGCGGACCUCCGGGUCACCAGGCUGCUGUCCGGGGAGAGCACCGGGUCCGAGUCCUCCAUAGAGAGCCAGAACCAGGAGCCUCCGCAGCCCGGCACCGGUACCGGACCGGAGGAGCUGAAGCGGCAGGAAACCGCCUGAGAGACUCUAAGGAUUCUCUGUUGGACAGAGUUUAACUCCUCGGUGCCUCCAGAACCCUCAGCUGGACGGAACAGACCCGGGUCAGGUCUGACGGGACCAGCAGGACCCGGUUCAGGUCUAACGGGACCAACGGGACCCGGUUCAGGUCUAACGGGACCAGCAGGACCCGGUUCUCCUCCGGUUCCGUCUGUUUCAGAGGAUUUGUUUACUGACGUUUGUUUUCCACUUGAAUCCAAACCAAACGUUCCCUUUGUGUUCUGCAGAGGUUCGGUUCUGCUGUCAGGUGUUUCUACAUGUACAGAAUGUGUCCUAUGUUGUCUGGAACAUACAUGUUUUAUCUUUGCUGUGCAAAAGAAGAACUAUUUCUGUCUGAGUCUGUAAUUUUAUAAAGAAUCUAAAAUGUGGUUUUAUUCUGUGAACCUCAAGAUUUCUGAAUAAAAAGUUCAAAGAUGAA